CUUUGGAAGUGGAUUCCCCCUUGGUUUACCAUGGAAGCCAUCAGUGCAUUUCUCAAAGCUCUGUGAACUUCAUGAAGACAGUUCGCCAGGAUUUCAUCAAACUUCAUUCACGUAGAGACGCUGAUUCACUGAUGGAGGAAGAAAAGCCGAUUAUCACCAGCAGCAGCAGAAUGACGACACCGGCAGGGACCUGCAACAUCACAGACAGGUGUCCAAAUGAGGGUGGAGUCGAUUGCACUUCAGGACAGCUGGAUCAGCCCAGACAAGUUGAAGAUAAGCGCUACCUCUGUGACCAGUGUGGAAACAGGUUUAGUCGCUUGUGGGCUCUGAAGAGCCAUCAGCGCACCCACACAGGAGAGAAACCCUACUCCUGUGGUGUGUGUGAAAAGAGAUUCAGUUACCCAUCAGCUUUCAAGACCCAUCAGCGCACCCACACAGGAGAGAAACCCUACUCCUGUGGUGUGUGUGAAAAGAGAUUCAGUUACCCAUCAGCUUUCAAGACCCAUCAGCGCACCCACACAGGAGAGAAACCCUACUCCUGUGGUGUGUGUGAAAAGAGAUUCAGUUACCCAUCAGCUUUCAAGACCCAUCAGCGCACCCACACAGGAGAGAAACCCUACUCCUGUGGUGUGUGUAAAAAGAGUUUCAGUUACCCAUCGGCUUUCAAGACCCAUCAGCGCACCCACACAGGAGAGAAACCCUACUCCUGUGGUGUGUGUGAAAAGAGUUUCACUCAGUCAUCAACUUUGAAGAUGCAUCAGCGCACCCACACAGGAGAGAAACCCUACUCCUGUGGUGUGUGUGAAAAGAGUUUCAGUUACCCAUCGGCUUUCAAGACCCAUCAGCGCAUCCACGCAGGAGAGAAACCCUACUCCUGUGGCGUGUGUGAAAAGAGUUUCACUCAGUCAUCAAAUUUGAAGACCCAUCAGCGCACCCACACAGGAGAGAAACCCUACCGCUCUUAUGUAUGUUUCGCUGGGUCAUCAAAUCUGAAAGUUCAUCAGCAUACCCACCCAGAGAGAAACAUUACAACUGCCACUGAUGCACGAGGGAAUUCAGUGACCCAUCAAAUUUCCCAUAUCAUAAGAAGUCCCGUUGACCCUGCCCUCGAAGCUUCAGCAGCAUUUCAGGAGCAUAUUUUAAAUCAGUGAAACAUUAAUAAAAAUAAAAAUAAAAAAAAACUUUGUUAAAAAAUGUUAUUAAACUAUUAAAUUA